UCUCCACUUUGUGAUCUCCAGCGUGACCAUGAAAGGGAACCACUGGGGGUAUGGGCAAGAGAACGGUCCAGAUGUAUGGCAUAAAAACUACCCAGUGGCUCUGGGCAGCCGUCAGUCUCCCAUUGACAUCCCCCGCCAAGUUUCACAUGACCCAAGCUUAGGCCCGAUAAUGCUCGACUAUGAUCACUGUACCUCCAUCAACAUCUCCAACAAUGGACAUUCAGUAGUGGUGAACUUUGAUGACACAGAUGACCGAUCUGUGAUCCAUGGAGGCCCCCUUGAAAACCCCUAUAGGCUCAGACAGUUUCACUUCCACUGGGGUGGAAAGGGAUGUGAUGGCUCUGAGCACACGGUCGCAGGAAAUAGCUAUGCAUCUGAGCUUCAUUUGGUGCACUGGAACGCUGUCAAGUACAAGUCAUUUGAUCACGCUGCUACAGCUCCGGAUGGACUUGCUGUUAUUGGCAUUUUUUUAGAAACAGGUGAUGACCACAGGUGGCUUCACACAAUUACAGAUGCAAUGUACAUGGUGAAGUAUAAGGGCAGUGUAACAGACUUCAAGGGUUUCAAUCCAAAGUGCCUUUUACCGAGCAGCCUCCACUACUGGACCUAUCUGGGAUCUCUGACCACACCUCCACUCCAUGAAAGUGUAACUUGGAUAUUGCUUAAAGAACCAAUUGCUGUAUCAGAAAAGCAGCUGGGCAAAUUUAGAUUGCUGCUGUUCACUGGAGAGGAAGAGGACCAGAGGUUACGAAUGGAGAACAACUUCAGGCCUCCUCAGCCUCUGAAAGGCCGGAGGAUUCGUUCCUCCAACUGACCACAUAUGACUAAUACACAAAGACAGAGAAAGCUUUAGACUGAAUGCAAGCACUGGUGUUGGAUAUGUUUACACUGCACUGAAAAAGGAGAUUUGUAUUAUUAGUUUUUACUACUCAUAAUUAUUUAAUUACUUCAAAUGAUCCAGUAAUAUUAAGCAGGCAAUGAUUCUGAGGUUGGAUGUUAUGUUAAUGUAUAAGGAAAUCAAAAUGUAUUCUUGAGAUGUAACAUGGCUGCAUCCAAA